AUGGAUUUCAGCCAGAUGGACUUCAGCCAGAUGGACUUCAACCAGAUGGCAGCCAUGAAAGGCAUGGGCGGCGGCAUGGGCGGCGGCAUGGGGGCUGGCAUGGCUGGCGGCAUGGGCGGCGGCAUGGGGGCUGGCAUGGCUGGCGGCAUGGGUGCCGCAAUGGGCGGUGGCAUGGGCGGUGGGAUGGGUGGCGGCAUGGGUGGCGCUAUGGGAGGCAAGGCCGGGGGCCCGGAUCCCAAUAUGAUGGCCAUGAUGGCAAUGAAAGGCGGCAAGGGGCCGGGCGAGGGUCCUCCCGCGAUGAAGGGCAAGGGCAUGAUGCCAGGCAAGGGCAUGGGCAAGAUGGACGGCAAGGGCGAGAUGAUGAAAGGGAUGAUGAUGGCCAUGAUGAUGAAGGGCAAGGGAAAGUCCAUGAUGAGACCGGCCAAGGGCAAGGGCAAGGUCUCCAACAAGAUCGCCAUGGGUGAGCCCGCCUUCGUGGGGCGCGUCAGGCUCUACGACCAGGAGAAGAGCCGCGGCCUGAUCUCCUGCCCCGAGUGUUGGGCCAUCAGCGGCCAGGAGGUCUAUGUCUACAAGACGGUCUUGGAGUCCUGCGGCGCAGCCGUGGGUGACAGCGUGGCCUUCAUGGUGCACUGGAACUCCCGGGGCCAGCCGCAAGCCUCCGCCUUCCCGGAGAUCAUCCGGCUCUGCAGCGCCCAAGGCGACAUGGCGCUAAAGGGGACCUUCAAGUGGGGCCCGGAGGAGAAGUUCGGCUUCAUCGAACAUGCGCAGGUCAUGGAGUUCUUCGGCCGAGAUACCUAUGUGCGCAAGGAGCUUGCUGACACCCUCACCCCGGGCGGCCAUGUUGCUUUCAAUAUCAAGCUCAACAAGGACUACCAGCCCUGCGCGCAAGAGGUGGUGCCGGUGCCGGAGAACUGGGAGCCCACGCCCGGGGACGUCUCCAUGACCAAGGAGGAUCCCACGGUCCCGCCGGCCUGGGAGGGCUUGAAGCGGGGGAGGCAGGAGUGCAAGCCCACUGGAGAGAUCGUCACAGGCACCAUUAAGGCCUACAACGAGGAGAAGGGUUGGGGAUUUUUGACGUCGGACGACUUGCAAGCGAGGUUCCGUGCCGACGUCUUUGUGCACAAGGGCUCGAUGACCAAUUGCCCCUCUAAGGCUAUUGGAACUAUGGUCACCUUCGAGCUGGGCCUCACUGAGGAGGGCAAGCCACAGGCGCUGAACGUCCAUGCAGGCAGCUCCGUUCCGGUGGAGCCCAUGGCGAAGAGGCAAAAGGUGGAGGAGUUUGCCGGCAUGAUGCCGGGUAUGACGAUGCCGGGUAUGGCAAUGCCGGGUAUGGCCAACCCCAUGGCAGCGAUGGGAGCGCCCCAAAUGGGACAAGGAAUGGCACCAGGCGGCUUCAACAUGUGA